CAGUACAUAUUUCAAUAUACAGCAAUGGGACGAGGAGGAGGUCGCGGCGGCGGUCGCAAACCGUUUCGCGGCAAGAAUAAAGGUGGACGUGGUGGCGGUGGAGGAGGAGGACGAGAUACGCGCACGGAGCCAUGGUCCACGAUUGAGCGCAAGAAUGAGCUUUUCGAAAGCUACUACCGCAUGGGAGGAUUUCUCGACGAGGCAGAGUUUGAGGAAAUGUGGAAAGCUCUCCAAGCCGACUUGCCCAACAGCUUUCGCUUUACUGGAACAAAGUCCGAUGCUCUCGCUGUGCGUGAGAUCUUCAAGCAGCGAUACGUUCCCGCGAUUGCGUCCAAGCAUUUUGAGGGAAAGCCAGUCGAGCCUCCCGAGCCAGUCCAGGCCUUCCCUGACGAGCUCGUGUGGCACAUGAAGACUCACAAAAAGAUUAUCCGACGACACGCGCCUUUUGCCGAUUUCCAAAAGUUCCUCGUCGCUGAAGCUGCCUCGGGAAAUAUCAGUAGGCAGGAGGUUGUCAGUAUGAUUCCACCACACUUUCUCGACGUAAAGCCGGGCAUGGUGGUCCUCGACAUGUGCGCAGCACCGGGAAGCAAGUCGGCACAGCUGGCUGAGAUGAUCCACGGUGACGAGGAGGAGCGUGUGCAGCGGGUAGCGAACGGCGAGUCUGUCGACCUUGGCGCAGACGGCGACUACAGCGACGACGGACGCUCGACGGGUCUGCUUAUCGCGAAUGAUUCGGAUUAUAAGCGCGCCGGCAUGUUGGUCCACCAGGUCAAGCGACUCAACUUUCCUAACCUUAUCGUUACGCAACACGACGCCUCGAUAUUCCCCUCGAUCGAGCUGCCCAGCGAGGGUGGCAAGAAGCAGUACCUCAAGUACGAUAGGAUUUUGGCUGAUGUGCCCUGCUCUGGUGACGGAACAGCCCGCAAGAACCCCAAUGUGUGGCAGAAGUGGACACCCAAGGAUGGACUCGGUCUGCACGGCCUUCAGCUGCGCAUCUUGUUCCGAGGCCUGCAGAUGCUAAAGAAGGGCGGACGCAUGGUAUACUCGACCUGCAGUAUGAAUCCUGUAGAGAACGAGGCCGUUGUUGCAGCAGCUAUCGAGGCUUGUGGAGGAAACUCAAAGGUCCAGCUCGUAGACUGCUCCGAUCACCUGCCAAACCUCAAGCGUAAGCCAGGUCUUAACGCGUGGAAGGUCCUCGACACAUCGUCCAUUACUGCCGGAGGAGAGAAGACCGCCCACAUGUUCACCAACUGGGAGGCGUACCAAAAGGCAAGAGCCAAAUACGACGCUGAAGAGCCUGAACGCCAGUUCUCCACCAAGGUCACUGCCAGCUGCUUCCCUCCUAUCGCCAAGUCCGAAGAAGAGCGCAUUCCCCUUGAACGCUGCAUACGUGUCUACCCGCACCAGCAGGACACUGGCGGCUUCUUCAUCGCCAUUCUCGAGAAACUCGAUGAUAUUAAGAUUUCGCAGAUUCAGAAUCCAGAAAACUCUGCCAAGGCCCAGAAGGCCCAGACGCCGGCCGAUACCACCACGGACUCUUCUAUCCCAACGCCGGCUGAAAAUAUCAUUGAAGCGGACGCUACCAAGACCGCCGAUGAUGUCCCUGACGUUGCAGCUCCUCUCAAACGCAAGUUAGAAGAGUCUGAAGAUACCGAUGCACCAAAGAAGGCCAAGACCGACGAUGGACUCCCCGAGGCUACAGAGAACGGCUCAAACGCUCAAUCCGGAGUGUCCAAAGAGGUCCGUUCCAAGCCUGAGAACCAGAACCAGGCCAAGGAGUACUUUGAAUACCUUCUUUCUGAUGACGCGACCAUUGCUUCCAUCAUGGAUUUCUUCGGCAUCGACAGCCGCUUCCCACGUGACCGUUUUAUGGUCAAGAACAAGGAAGGAUUGUCCCUCAACAAGAUUUACUACACAUCUGCUUUCGCAAAAACCAUCAUUUCGCAAAACAAGGACCGCGGCAUGAAGUUCAUACAUUGUGGUGUGGUCAUGUUCGUCUCACAUAAGGUCAAGGACCUGGACCGUACACAAGCGCCGUGGCGGCUGCAGAACGAGGGCAUCCGUAUCCUCGAGCCGUGGGCCAAGAAGCGCAUCAUCAAGCUGGAGAAGAAGGAGACGCUACACCAGCUUAUUAGGGAAAUGUUUCCCAAGCUACCAAAAGAGGGCGACACGGGACUUGGCGAAGUCGGUGAGCAGCUUCAGAAGAUGGAUGUGGGAUGCUGUUUCGUCCGAAUCGAAAAGGGUGAAGAGAAGGGCAUCCCAUUCCGUAUGGUACUGCCUCUUUGGAGACAUCCGGGUAGUGCGAACCUUAUGGUUGACAAGGACGAUCGCAAGGCCAUGCUACUAAGGCUGUUCAACGAAAAGGAUACCGAAAUCAUUAAUCACGUCGCAGAAAAGGCCAAGGCUGCUAAAGAGGCUGAGGAGGCUGAAGACAACGACGCCAAGACCAAUGGAGAGGGCGAUGUGAGCGAUGGCGAACAAGCCACGGAGGCCAUGGUUGCCGAGGAAGAGGAGGGAAAUAUGAAUGUCGAUAUGACCGAGGGCGAAGAUGUCAAGAUGGAAGAAGAGGCAUAGCGUUCACGCCUGUUUUCAACAACAUUCCAAGCCGCACAUGACAUUGGUUUCGUAACGGUUUCGGUUUGCAUCCGGGUUGGCGUUUUUGUUUUCACCUACUUAUCAAGUAUGACUCUUCAACAUAUGCAUCAAGUUUG